AUGGCGUGCACACCAGCCACUGUUGUAACACUCAAAGAAUUGCUCCUUCUCGAAACGGAAUCAUCUGCGCAGGUAACAAAAUCGGCAUCCAGAACGGCUAAAUCAACUAGAACGGCGAAAUCAUCAAAAGCCAGCACCGCGUCGAGGAAACCUUCAGCUGCGCAUUCACGUAGUGAACAAUUGAACUCGAGAGACCGGACCAUCCUAGCAACACACAUCAUCAAUGCAACGUUAAAGGCACUCACGGAAGCUUCGAGACCUGCGCCUCCAUCAACGCCUUGCAAACAGGUUGAGAAUGUUCCUCAGUUAGCUUCGAAACGAACCCUACGGCGCUCACUAUCGGCACCAUUGUCACCAAUGCAGCCGAGAACCUUGAAUCGUGUGGCAACCUCACCAAAUGUCUCUAUAACCAAGGCCAGGGUUGGUUUGUCUGCUCACUCUACAGGAUGUUUAGCGGUUGUCGAGUGCGCACGAGUAGCCUUUGCUUCCCUUCGAUCACUAAAACCUUCAACACAAGAGGCUCAAUACGACUUCCAGGUGGAAAAUGGCAUGUCUGCGUUUAUAGGAAAACUCCUAGCUUUGAAUAUGCAUGACCAGGCGUUGAAGGAAUUGAAAAUAUUAAAAUCUCGAUUGGACCCUGCUACCGGUACUGAAAGCUCGAAAGUCGCUACAUCAACGUCUGCCGAGAUCAAGUUGGGUGCUACGCGGAUCGCCGAACUACUCGAAUUUCGGACAAAAAUUUCACUCCAAACGCUUCCAAUCAUCACUUCUUUCCAAAUCCAGCUUGUCAAACUUAUUGGUGCUACGAAAAAACCUGCUCAUAUCGAGGCACUACUACCUAUGCUGCUGGAAAAGCAUGUAUCGUCCCCUGUCAAUCUGCUCUUAAAGCACGCGGAUUCCGGAGACAAGCAAACUCAGAAAGCUGCUCGUCAAAUGGCUUCAUUUUCACAAGCCCUACUAUCAAUGCUACCAAGCGUGUCUAGUCAGGAGGAUGAGGUGGCAGUUGAGCCCCGGUUAAGUCCCAGCCCACAGAGCACCUUUGAGCUCCAAGCUUUGGCAUUUAGAACACAAUUGAGGUGGUGGAAGUUGGCUGGACAUCAAGGCAGCAUUGACGAUGAUGUUUUAGCCCCGUUUAGCCGCUGUAUGCGAGCUUUCGCGAGACGCCAUGUAUCCGACGACAAACUUCUGUAUCGGUCCCUACUAGCAGCCUAUGAAGAACUGAUGCAGCUCAUUCGCUCACACAAGCCGGAUCCUUCAAUAUCUUCUAAGUCACCAUUAUCAUCUAUCUAUCAAGUUUUGGGAUCUACAGCUCAUGCAGCGCGACAAUACGAUGGUGCGUGCUGUUGGUUUGAAAGCCUCAAGGCCACCUUAAGCCCGGAGUCGGACUCUGCUGUGGUAUUGUGCUCUGUGUCCGCACGCAUUCUUGCUACUGCUCUGAAAAAGCCAAAGUUGGAUGAUGACAUUGAAAAGGCUAUUCAAGAAGUCAUCGACAGUCUGGAGGGUAGUCUUAGUGGCACUCUCACAGAGCUCAAUGAACUGCUAGAAAGCCUCUCAGCUACGAGGCGAUCCGUCGUGGGACUGUUGAUGAAAGAGUUGGAUCCUAAGGCAGUCUCUGAUCCGAUACCUCAGACAACAAGCACCCUAUUGAACAACUUUGUUCUUCGAUACCCACGAUUCUUGAGACGAUGGAUAGGUACUGCCCCUGGAAAAGAUGCUCCUGCGAAGCAAACCUUGCAGUUUGACCAGCGAAAACAAGCCGUCAUGCAAUCAAUAAACCAGACACUAGACGCAACCUUAAUGGUAGUCAAGUGUGGGAUUCAAUCUGGUGCUCUCGAAUGGCACCAAAUUGACGAUGUCCUUCAGCAUUGUUCGGGACUGCUCGACUCCAUUUGCGAUCCACUGCUCUCCCCUGCGAGAGUUGAGCAACUUGGGGGCUACCAUGUUAAGAUUUCCACUCUCUAUUUUUCCAAGUUCAUGGAGCUGCGAAAGAUGAAGCACCGAACCAAGGACCUCAAUAAACAGCUGUUACAGUCUCUAAGCAGAUCCAUCGACGCUGUCAAAGAGCGAUCUUCCUCCCUAAAAGAUAAGGCGCAGUUGUCAAUGAAGCUGGAGCUGUUUGCCGACCUAUGCAAGGGGUCUGGCCGAAGUGAGGAUGCCGUUGGAACUCUCAGAUCCAUCUGCACUAACAUGGCCGAAGAUGGCGUUCUCUCUGAUGUUGCUGCUGCUCUAGCAUCGUUACCACCUACUCUUGCCUGGGCCACCACGGAUAAAGCCUCUUCCCUAUCGCGUACUUUGCGCUCAAUAGCUAAGCUGGAUAAAUCUUGGAACGACUGGACUUUCUUCCUUCCUGAGGCUGAACGAGCGGCUGUACUUGAGCAUCUUAUGCAUUUAAGCACUGAAUCAGCAGGUCAGCGGGAACCCCUCCGCCUUCAUGAUCCUAGCCCGGCUGCGCUACUUCGAAUCUAUUCUUUGGAUAAAUAUCCCAUCCGGCGAUUCCGAGUGUUACUUCACUUGCUGUAUCAGAAUAUUGGAGAAGAUGAGGAGUUGGCAGAAAUUACAUCGAACCUUGGUCAAGUUUCUCAACAGCUCCAGAAGAGAGACAAAGGAGAAGAUGGGUCUCUCACACAAUUUAUUCCUCACCUCCAAGCAUAUCAUUCUUCCUUGGCCGCCCUAGCCGAUAGUGAUAAUGAGUUCCCUACUUCAGUCGUCAAGGGUAACAUCACUUGCUGGAAGGCGAUUCUUGGAUCAUAUCAAUCCAAGGAUGAUUUAUACACCAAGAUCGACAACCCACAGACAUUGAUUGACUUUUUGCAGACGCUCAACCAUUUGGCUGAUCUACGGGGAGAAACAGAGCUUCAAAUUUCUAUUUCGGAACUUUCCAUUGCAAUGGCCAAAGCUGUAGCUGAAUACUCUGGAUCAUUCGAUGAUGGUUUGAUUCUCCACAGCAGCCAUCUUGCUAUUCAAUAUAUCGGCAUUGGCAAGUUUUCUCAGGCAUCCGGUGCACUCGAAGUCUCCAAAGAGCUCCUUGAACACAAUGAAGGGGUAUCGCAACGGGUUGUCGCCGACUUUUACUUAUCACAAGCUGAGUACUACGCUGGUGUUGGAAGUCUGGACGAAGCAUUGAUUUAUGUCAAUAAAGCAAACGACAUUUGUUACCAAUCGUACUCAUCAUGGGCACAGUCCAAGUACCAAGCCAAUUUGAUGAUUUCUUUGUCAGCCCUUAUUCAGUCCACAGUCUCAAUACAAACCGGCAAUAUCGAAGACGCUCUAUCAUCGAUCCGAACUGGUGUUCGUACGUUGUCUCACGAUUGGGCUAAGCUCGAAGCAGCAUCGUCAGAACCCGACUCAAAUAUGUCCGGAAACCGCUUGAUUGGUCUUGACCUAAAAACAUCUCAGGUCAAAAGGACUGGCCCUCGGUUUUGGGGGCUCGCAGUACCAUUGCUCCGCUGCCUCUUACAUAUAUCAUCUGUGUAUGCGCAUAUUGGAAUGUUUCAGGAGACCAUUUACUAUGCCGAAUCUGCAUGGAAAAUAGCGCAGAGCACACAAUCCUCUCUCUACUGUGCGCAAGUCACCGCGUGGACCGGGUCUAUAUAUCUUAAGGCAGGAAACAUAACAAAAGCUAUUGAAACUUUGGCGGAUGCACAGCGUCACAUUCCCAGCAAUAUUUGCUCCUCGCGUGUGCACUUUGCUCGAAAGCUUGGCGAGCUAUAUUCCGAAAUAGGGGACGAAGACAAAGCUAACGAAUAUCUAACAAUGGCGGAAGAGACUCUGCGAUUGAUGGACAAUAAUCCCGGUAAUUCUGUUUGUAUUGAAAAGUCGGCUGCGCCUAUGGAAAAGGCAAAGACAACCGCCGCGAAAACCUCACGGACUGCACGAACUGCCAAAGCCAAGCCCGCAUCUGUUACGCGACCUACCAGGCGACCUGCAACAACAAAGGCCCAGGCAAUCACAGCCGAGGCGGUAGCUCAACUCCCCAAAGAUAUUUACCAAUCAUCAUUACUUGCCGCAGUUCUUCUUUCCAGGGCAAUUGGAUACAUACAAAAGAAGGAUUGGUCUUCCGCCUUGUCAACUUUGGACCAGGCAAAGGAAUUGCCGAAGCUAUUUGGAACUCUGUCCUUGGAGCAGAUUGUCACCGCAACGUCCCUCAUCGGCCAUAGCAUGGAACAGAUGAUUUCAGACCCGGUCUUUUCUGUAAUGCAAGACUCUACAAUUUCGUUUCCUGCCGUAGCUAGCAGCGCAGGGAGGGCCUCCAUGGACAAGAACAACCUUGUUGCGUCGCCCCCCCGCCGUGGACGCGCUGCAGCCGGUGACAGGAAGACAGCCAAAGACAAAUCUGGACCGGCGUUUGCAGACGCCCUCCGACAGGCUCAAGAUAUAUUGAUUGAAGCACAUGCGUCUACCUUGUCGACAUCUGAUAGUGGUAUGGUGCACCGGCUUUCAACAUUGUUACAAAGCACCAUUAUCCUACUGUCUGCUACAUCUGCUUCCAAGACGAAGCCCGUCCUUUCAUCUGGCCUCGCCACAGUAGCAGUGGACUUGGGCCGCAACAUUACGUGGACACGAGAGCAAAUUACCCUUUUGAAUACGUUACGACCCCUGGGGGCCAGUCUGCCUUCUGUUCCCGACGACCCGCCAACCUCGCUUCGCAAAACUAUUAUGAGUCUCACUCCGGAUAUGGCUGCGUUUCAAAAGAAUUAUGUAGACUUGUUGCCUAAUAACUGGAACGUCAUUUCUCUCUCAUUGAGUGACAGUUCCCGUGAUCUUUCUAUUACCAAGUUACAGGCUGGACACAGUCCGUUCAUUUUACGCCUACCGCUGGAGAGAGCCAACUCUCGCGAUGCUGACGCUGAGGUGUUUAAUUUUGAACAUGGACGUGAGGAACUUCUCGAUAUCAUUAAACUUGCCAACGAGACCAGUCAUUCUGCGCGUGACUUUUCAGCAAAGGGCGAGCGAAGCGCUUGGUGGGCUGAACGCGAAGCACUGGAUACCAGACUGAAGGACCUCUUGUCGACGGUUGAAUCGACCUGGUUGGGAGGAUUCAAAGGUAUCUUCUCUCAGCACCAAAGAAGGACAGAUUUAUUGGCGCGCUUCCAGAAAAGUUUCCAGCAAAUCCUUGAUGGAAGCCUUCCAUCUCGAAACCGAAUACGUGGCAAGAAGACGACUAAAGCAUCGUCUGUUAAUCUUGAUCCCAGAAUUCUCGACCUUUUCAUCGGCCUUGGCGACCCAACUCAUCCGGACUGCGACUUUGAUGAGGCUCUGAACGACUUGCUUUACUUUGUCGUAGAUAUUUUACAGUUUCACGGGGAGAGGAACGCAUACGACGAGAUUGAUUUCGAUGCCAUGGUUGUCGAGACAUAUGAUGCCCUUCGAGGAUAUUACUCGGCCUUGAACGCGGGCUCAGAGCGACAGGAAGGCUCUCACACUAUCCUCAUCUUAGAUAAGGCCCUGCAUGCCUUCCCGUGGGAAUCGCUGCCUUGCAUGGAAGGGCUGGCGCUAUCCCGAGUUCCGUCACUUGCCUGUCUACGACAACUCAUUACAGAAUCCAACACGCAGGGGGCCGAGCCCGAACUCCAAGAGGGGCAUUGUGUUUCUCCCAAAGCUGGAACCUAUAUCCUCAAUCCAUCCUCUGAUCUGAAGAACACACAGGCUUUCUUUCAGUCUACAUUCGAGACUCUCAAGAGCUGGGACGGGAUUGUCAACAAAACCCCGCAAGAAUCUGAAUUCGAAGACGCUCUGUCAAAAUCAGAGAUUUUGCUCUACUUUGGACAUGGCAGUGGUGCGCAAUACAUCCGCGGCAAGACAGUUCGACGGCUGGAGAAAUGCCGGGCAACUACGUUUCUCAUGGGCUGCAGCUCAGCGGCACUUACAGAAGCCGGGGAGUUUGAGUGUUAUGGCCCUGUGUGGAACUACAUGAUGGCAGGUUGUCCUGCGGUGGUGGGCACGCUUUGGGAUGUGACAGAUCGUGACAUUGACCGUUUCGCGGGCCGGACUUUUGAAGAAUGGGGACUGUUUGCUCGUGGCACAUUCGAAAAGGGCGAUAGGAAGAAAGGUAGAGGUAAGAAAGGCGGUGUCAACGACGUAGACACGGACAGCGGUGAUGAUGAUAUCGACUCGGAAGCACCGUCACGUCCAACGUCGCCGCGACUGGCAAGGGGUUCUUCGCUUCCCGAGGCCGUGGCUAAAGCUCGAGACGCUUGCAAAUUCAAAUACCUGAACGCAGCUGCGGUUGUUGUUUACGGUAUCCCUGUAUACAUCAAUCGUGAAGGCUGA